UUCAGUCUGGACUGUUGAGAGGGGGGAUUAAAAUGUGGUUAAACAAAAGUUUUUUUACUGUAGGUUGGAUCAGAAAUAAGUUUCUGGACUGCAGUUGAUAGUGCGAUGCUGAUUGAGCCAUGAAAGGGAAGAUUUGGCCAUGUUUUGAACAUAGAAGGCAUUCGAAUUGCAGUUUAAGGCAAGAUGGAUGGCGAAGAGAAGACCUAUGGUGGCUGUGAAGGGCCAGAUGCCAUGUAUGUGAAGUUGAUCUCUUCUGAUGGCCAUGAAUUUAUUGUGAAGAGAGAACAUGCCUUGACUUCUGGCACUAUCAAAGCCAUGUUGAGUGGACCAGGGCAGUUUGCAGAAAAUGAAACCAACGAAGUAAACUUCAGGGAGAUCCCCUCUCAUGUUCUCUCCAAGGUGUGCAUGUACUUCACCUACAAGGUCCGUUACACCAACAGCUCCACAGAGAUCCCAGAAUUCCCCAUCGCUCCUGAGAUUGCACUGGAACUGCUCAUGGCUGCCAACUUCUUGGAUUGUUAAACCCACCAAAAAUGUAGCAGCCUAAACAUUUUUAGAUUAUUAUUUUUUGACUACCGUAUUUAACUUGUUUGCCAUGUGCUUCAGAUAAAGAAAAACAUUUGAAUGA